AUGAUGAUUACCACGAAGGCACUCAGCCUUCUCUUUCUCUCCGCUCUUUCAGCGGCUCAUGGAGACCAUGGGCAGGCUCCUAUGUCCGGGCCACAUAAAGGACUAUGGUAUAACACGCUGCCAGGAGAUGGCGGUACGCAGGCCGACUCGGUAUUCUCUGGUAUCUCAACCUUCGGUCGCCUUCCCUACUUUCCAUGCCUCUCGAGCGAGGAUGAGAGCUACGACAUUGCUUUCCUAGGGGCUCCCUUCGAUACCGGUACUUCUUACAGACCGGGUGCUCGCUUUGGACCAAGUGGUAUCAGACAAGGAUCACGCCGUCUCAAUCUCUAUGGCGGCUACAACGUGCCUCUCAAAGCGAAUCCAUUCGUUAGCGAUUUGAAGGUCAUAGACUGUGGUGAUGUUCCAGUGACCUCCUAUGACAACUCGUGGGCUAUUCAGCAGAUCGAGGAAGGCCACAACAGUGUUCUCAUGCGCAAGCCGUUUACCGAUGCCCAUAAGCCAGGUCUGUCGCGAGCAGGCAAAACCCUCCCUCGCGUUAUCACUCUUGGAGGUGAUCAUACUAUUACCCUGCCCCUGCUACGGAGCAUCAACAAAGCCUAUGGCCCUGUCACGGUCAUUCACUUUGACAGCCAUCUUGACACAUGGAAACCCAAGGUCUUCGGCGGUUCUCCCAGCCAAGUCGCUGCCAUCAACCACGGCACUUACUUCUAUCACGCUGCGAUGGAAGGUCUGCUAAGGAACGACACCAAUAUCCACGCCGGUAUCCGCACGACUCUCUCCGGCCCCUCGGACUACGAAAACGAUGGAUACUGCGGUUUCGAGAUCGUCGAAGCCCGAGAGAUUGACACCAUUGGCACCGACGGCAUCAUCAAGAAGAUUCGGGACCGCGUCGGCACAGAGAACCCUGUCUACCUGUCAAUCGACAUUGACACUCUGGAUCCAGCCUUUGCCCCGGCUACUGGUACCCCCGAAACUGGCGGUUGGUCCACGCGUGAAUUGCGUACCAUUAUCCGCGGUCUCGACGGUCUGAACUUUAUCGGUGCGGAUAUUGUCGAGGUUGCACCGGCUUACGAUACAAAUGCAGAGUUGUCCACAAUGGCGGCUGCGGAUGUGUUGUACGAGGUUCUUACUAUCAUGGUGAAGAAAGGUCCUCUGUCGGUUGAGGGUCGGUUGCACGAAUUGUAG